GUGUUGUUGUCUGUUGUGUUUUUUUUUCUGUCUUUGGGUUUUUUUUUUUGGUCGGGGGCUACACUCACUCGAUCGAGCUCUCCGAUCAGUCGUGUGGCGGUGGCGGUGGCGGUGGUGUUGGUGGUGGUGUGAGGAGGAAUCCUGUACAUCCGUCCCCCUUCUCUCCUUUUCCUUUUUCCUCUAUUUAGUGUGUACAUAAAAGCUACUAAACGACGCCGUUUCACCACUCAUGGAGCUGUACGGUCGGAGCCCCGCGAGAAACGGGUCCAACCCGGAAUGGAGCUCCGGCGCCGCCGAGACCGGGCUCGAAGAGCAAAUGUGGCAAUUGGGCCUGACGAGCACCGAAUCGUACCCGGAGCGGCCUGGUGUGCCCAACUGUGUUUACUACAUGCGAACCGGGUUCUGUGGAUAUGGUGUCAGGUGUCGGUACAACCAUCCUCGUGAUCGUGCUGCGGUUGUGGCGGCUGUGAGAGCUACAGGGGACUACCCAGAAAGAGUGGGUGAACCUGUAUGUCAGUAUUAUUUAAAGACUGGGACCUGUAAAUUUGGUGCGUCCUGCAAGUUCCAUCAUCCGAAACAUGGAGGUGGAUCCUUGACACGUGCUCCACUAAAUAUUUAUGGCUACCCGCUACGACCGGGUGAGAGUGAAUGCUCCUACUAUUUGAAAACGGGGCAAUGCAAAUUUGGUUUAACCUGUAAAUUCCAUCACCCACAACCUGCUGGAACUACAGUACCAGCCUCUGCACCUCAAUUUUAUCAGUCGGUGCAGUCUCCUUCUGUUCCUAUGCCAGAACAAUUUGGGGGCCAAUCCACUGGUUUGAGAGUGGCCAGGCCUCCACUAUUACCUGGUUCAUAUGUGCAAGGGGCUUACGGUCCUGUCUUGAUUCCUCCAGGAGUUGUUCCUAUUCCGAGCUGGAAUCCUUAUUCGGCGCCUUUAAGUCCUGCACUAUCUCCUGGAGCUCAACCCACAGUAGGAGCAACCUCUUUGUAUGGACUGACACAGUUAUCUUCUCCCCCCCAUGCGCUUGCAAGACCUUAUACCUCUGUACCAUCUUCUGUUGGCCCUUCUAGCAGCAGCCCAAAUGAACAAACCUUCCCUGAGAGGCCUGGAGAACCUGAAUGCCAGUAUUACCUGAGAACUGGAGACUGUAAAUUUGGACCGUCCUGUCGGUACCAUCAUCCUCGAGAUCGAAUUGCACCAAGGACAAAUUGUCUCCUCAGUCCAGUUGGUCUACCUCUCCGUCCGGGUGUGCAACCUUGUACAUUCUACUUGCAAAAUGGGCAUUGCAAGUUUGGGUCUUCCUGCAAGUUCGAUCAUCCAAUGGGAACUAUGAGAUACAGCCCAUCAGCUUCAUCUCUCGAUAUGCCUGUUGCUCCAUACCCGGUUGGAUCUUUGCUGGGUACUCUGGCUUCUUCUUCCUCUUCAGAGCUUCGACCUGAAUUAGUUUCAGCUAGAAUGCCUUCUUCUGGGAACCCCUCAAGUAGUUCAGUCGGAUUGAUUUUUUCUCAGAGUGGAUCUGUUUCACUAGCUGAUGUGCAACUAUCAAGUCAAACUUCCGUUCCUAUAAGCAAUGGCAGAGGCACAAGGCAAGGUGGCGAGGUUCGUCGUUCAAGUUAGUGUAAUUCCUGAAAGUCACUCCUCAUUUCUCCCGGGUUUGGUUUCACCAGCCUCUCUGUUUAUAGAUGUCGGUAAAUGUGUAAUGGUCAAUUGUGCAAAGGUUUCAUAUUUCAGUCAUGGUCUAUCAACAAAUUGUGUUUAGCCCACGCUAGGAUGGAUAUUGUUGAUGCUAGUGUCAUCUAUAUACAGCAAUCAGUAUGAUUCCAAAUAAGCUGCAAAUAUCAAAUCCCAUAUGUACUUU